CUCGCAGCAGAACGAAGAGCACCAAGCACUCGGUAAAUCCCCUCACCAAAGGCACCGGGAGAACUGGCCUGCGGGUAAAGGGAUUUUAUCGCCCCGAGCGCCGAAGCAGCAGCACCGGUUGAGCGUGGAUGCAAACUUGCAGAUUCCCAAAGAGCUGACGUCUGCGAGCAAGAGGGAAUUACUUAAAAAGGCUAACGAGCGUUUGACAUCGGGUGAAAUCACCCAAGAUGAGUUCCUGAUGGUGGCUCAUCAGAUCCGGCAGCUGUUCCAGUAUCAGGAAGGAAAGCACAGAUGUAACGUCUGGGACAGCCCCACGGAGGAGAAAUGCGGUUUGAAAAAGAAACCCCUCCUGUCGGACGCGGAGCUGACUUAUUACGAACACAAGGCGAAACUGAAAAGGACUCAGGUUCAGCAUUCGUUGUCCAGGCUCGACCUGUUGGAUCCCGACGAUCUUUUGGAUUAUCACCUGCCCGACGCGUUGCUUUCGGGCAUAGAAUGCGAACAAACGAAAGCCAAACGCGGAGUCCAAUUCGAUAGGAAAGAACCGUUUGGAGAGAGAACCCGGAGACACUCGCCCGUAAGCGGCACCAAGAGGCCUUUCCCCGAUAACCUCUCGCCGCUCGAGGGCAGACGGAGGCUCGAGGAACCCAACGCGGCGAAAGGAGCCCGAGGUUCGAAGAAUUUCGAUCCUUACGACGGCUGGGGAGAGUCGGAUGAAUUCAGAGACGCCCUGAGACAACAGGGGAAAAACACGACGGACUUUCAGAAGAAAAUAGACGGCGAUGCGAUCUGCAGGUUCGAUAACAGGGAAGAAAGGCAGCUCCUUGGGCAAGCUGGGGUUCGGGAGGAACCCAGGUCACCGUUCAACGAACGUUUCAAAAGACCUAGGUACGAAGAUGCGGACAAAGCGCCUUUUCCGGAUAGUCCGGGCUCGAGAUUCGGAGGCAUCGAAGCGAAGCAGAGGAUAAGUGCUCUGAUGGAAGACAGACCUCUCUUUGAUGGCUCCCCGAGACCGACUGCUGCGAGAGUGGGGGUAGAUGGCCAAGGAGGUCCUUUUGUGGAUGGUCCUGCUGCUGGCUCCGGUUCCAGGAUUGAUGGACCCCCUGGCCAGGCCGCUAUGAGAUUUGAGGGGCCUUUGGUAGGGGCGGCUGCAUCCCAGUUCGAUGGACCGCUGGCAGGAGCAGGGGGAGCUGCGGCCCUACGGUUUGAUGGGCCACCGGGGCAGCUGGCAGGAGCUCUGAGGUUUGAAGGACCCCCGGGACAGGUUGGUGGAGGAGGCCCUCUGAGGUUUGAGGGACCUCUUGGGCCUUUGCGGUUCGAGGGGCCUGCGGGCCAGCCCGUAGGUGGUCCUAGAUUUGAAGGACCUGGAGUCGGUCUCAGGUUUGAGGGUCCCCGUGGGCAGCCUUCAGGUGGUCUCAGGUUUGAGGGACCUCAUGGUCAACCUAUGGGGCCUCGAGGUCAACCAGGGGGUGGUCUCAGGUUUGAGGGACCCCAUGGUCAGCCCUUGGGGCCUCAUGGUCAACCAGGGGGUGGUCUCAGGUUUGAGGGGCCACAUUUACAGCCAUUGGGGCCCCAUGGUCAACCUGGAGGUGGCCUCAGAUUUGAGGGACCGCACGGUCAACCUAUGGGGCCACACGGGCCAUCAGGUGGCGGGCUCAGAUUCGAGGGGCCGCACGGACCGUCGGGCGGUGGACUGAGAUUGGAAGGACCACAUGGGCAACCGGGUGUAGGUCCUAGGCUGUUGGAUGGCCCUGUACACCAGGGAGCUGGUGGACUUCGAUUCGAUGGCCCUCUGGGUCGAGCCGGUCCGAGAUUUGACGGUUGCCACGCAGCCGGAUUCGAUGGCCAACCAGGGCAGCUGCCUCUUUUGCAAAGAUUCGACGGAAUUCACGGGCAACCCGGGCCCAGAUUCGAAAGGGCUCCCGGUCAACAAGCUCAAGCACGAUUUGACACAGCCAUACCUCAAAGAUUCGAUGGACCUCACCAACCAGCCUCAAGAUUUGACUUACCCCUGGGCCUCCAAGGUGCACGCUUCGAAAAUGUAGCCAACCAUCCUGCCUCAAGACUGGAAAUGUACGCCCAAGGCGCUCCCUUCGUCGAUCAUCCAGGCCAGGGUUACAACGGCCCCUCGCACGGGAUGCAGUUCCAGAGGCCUGACCUCUUCGAUGGUUCACCCGGACCAAAUUUCAACGGGCCGGCGGGCCCAGGAGCACAAAAUUUCCCGUUGAGAACAGCAGGACAUUACUUUGAUGAAAAAGGACUUCAGGGUCCUCAAUACGGGAGCUUCAAUAAUCUGCCCGUGGGAAAUAACCAGGUUUCUCUCAUGUCUGCACAACCAGGGCCUUACAGCCAAGGUCAGCAGUAUUUGCCAAAUCCCGGAGGUUUUGUGCAGAACCCUACAG